AUGUCUCUACUAGUGGCGGGUGCAACAGGUGCGAUUGGCCGCCGUGUGGUGUUUGAGGCUCUGCGGCGUGAGGAGUUUAUUCGCGUCGCGGCCCUCACAAGGAGUUGCCCAUCGGAAGAUGUUGCGGCACUUUUCGGUUUUUCGCUGGAGGGCAUAAAUGGUAACAAGACUGAAAAGGAAGCUUCUUCAUUAUUAACUAGAGAGCAAAUAGCCCGUCUGCACACCGUAACGUUCGAUUGGGAGGAUUUCUGCCGUUUCUGGGAGGAACAACGAGAGAAUGCUGACAAAACUCAUAGGAAGACGCAGAGCUCCGCGGAGGUGCGUUACCGCGAUAUAUUCAGCGGCCACACGUACGUUGCCAUGUGCCUUGGGACCACUCGCCGUGAUGCAGGGAGUGCCACCAAAUUCAAACGCUGUGAUUAUGACUAUGUUGUUGCCUUUGCAGAGGCAGUAAAAAGAUUUAGUGGUUCAACCCUCCUUAACUAUGCGCAGGUGAGCGCACAACUGGCUAACAAGAACUCUUGCUUUCUUUAUCCACAAACGAAAGGUCGAGCAGAUGCUUCAGUAGAGGAACUUCAACUAUCGCGGUUGUCCAUCUACCGGCCAGGUUUAUUAGACAGGGCGGAGAAAACACGAGCAGUUGAGAAGAUUGCGAAAUGGUUCGUUAGAGGAUUGCCGGUGGAGACGUGCGGUAAGGCGAUUGUAAUAGAUUUCCUGCAUUGCAGUGAUGUGGUUGCUACUGAGGCGGAGACAAGCACCUCUUCUGUGCACUGCGCUGGAAAGAAACAGGAGUUAUCACAACGCUCCGGUGUAGUUUGCUAUUUCGGAAACAAUGAAAUUAUCAAGGAAGCUUCUGCUCUCUCCACCCCGUAA